GGAGCAACAGACUACCUAUCAACACGGUCUGCAGAGCUGUCGUGAUACAAACGUGUUUUCAAAGUUUGUGCGUGCCUUAAAAAAAUAUCCACCAUGUCCGCUCAGAAGGUUAUGGUCUACUUGGCCAUAGUGGUCAUCGCUAUGUGCGCUACAGAAGUGAACUCCACGUUUCCAUGGGGUUCCAGCAACAAUGCCGCAAACAAAUCUCACAACUUCGUUGUUGGAUACAGAAUGGCAGGAGAUAGACUUAUUCUGAGGCAAAAUGUAAUCAAGAAUUCGUCCUGGAUGAGAAUUGUUGUCGAGGAGAAGACGUUCAACACCUCGUUGUACGAUCGCAUCACAGUUGUUCAAGCUAUGGAUCAGAAGACCAACGGUAACGGUGCAUACGCUAGCCUAACCGCAGGUGGUCCAGGACAAAACUUUGUCACACUUAGAUUCAAGAGUCAAAGAGGCCAUGGAAUUAAUUUCGUCGUCGAAGUAUACGCACGACCUUGAACUAAUUUUACUAGACUGAUACCAACUGUAUCAUUCUGAUCAAACUGCUCCUCUCUUUGUAACGUGAACGUAACAUGCACUGGAUAUUUUAUUUGGGCAAUAUUUAAUUUGUAACUCUUCUUUAAGCUAUGUUGAAAGAACAAUAAAAUUGUCGAAACUUUUAUGUCACCUGAAA